UUCUGUUCUUUUCUCAUUCAAUGCGUAACCUUUUACCUACUAAAAUCCAAAUAGAAUCGGUGCACCAUCAAAAUGUUCUAUUAGAAUUGUACUACGUUGGCAUCAUCUUCCUCCGUAGAUUCUUUCCUCUCUCUCCAUCAUCCCACGGGCUCAGCAAUGAACCCUAAAAAGUGAGAGUUCUCUCCAAGGUUUUUACAGCGUUGCAGUCAGGGUUUGCUUCAAGACUCUGCUUUUUAUGGUAUAUUUUGUUCCCUUGCUUCUGUUCUCCUGUCGUGAUUUGAUGUGAUUGGUUUGGUCAGAAGAUGGCAAUGUGGUCGAUGGGUUGAACGGAUACGGGAAGAGAGAUUUUAUUGGUAGCGUUUGCCCGAUAUUUUUGAUAGUUUCAACGUAGAUUCGGCUUUAUGGAUGAUGAUGGCGGGAUGGGGAUGCGAAAUUGGGCUUACUUUGAUCAGACCUUGAAGGGCGAUUCGGGACGGCAUCUCAUGCCGUCAAUGGCAGCAGAGUGUGGCGCCCCAAAGCCGCCUUUCCUGUCCAACGGAGCGUUCCACCGCCGUGAAUGUUUCAUUCCUGAACAGCCCGAUCGAAUGGACAUCACGCGCAAUGAGUGGAUCAACCUUAGAGAAAACAAUAUGUUGCACAUGCUGCCGUUGAACAACUGUUCCUCGGCCAUGGGCGAUGCUGGUGUAUCCCACGGUGCACAUUCGUUCUCGAUGAUGCAAUCAACGCCACUGCCACCACCCAAGGGUGAUAAGAUCACAGCAGUGGACGAUGAGCUAAGAAAGGAUGUGCCGCAGAAAAGGUCCCAGCCUCGGGCUCAGACGCGCCCCCAUAAGGCCUCAAAGCCUAAGAGAUUGAAGAAGGUUGCUGUUUCGAAAGAUGAGAGUAGUAGUCGGAUGGGUCAUCAAGGGAGGAAUCUGAGGCAAAGCACUGCUUUAAACAUCAAUGGGAUUGACUUGGACGUUUCUAAUAUUCCUACACCAUUAUGCUCAUGCACGGGCAUGCCCCAUCAGUGCUAUCGGUGGGGAGCUGGAGGCUGGCAGUCUGCUUGCUGCACGACUGGCGUUUCAAUGCACCCGCUUCCGAUGAGCACAAAGAGACGUGGGGCACGAAUUGCCGGGCGGAAGAUGAGCCAGGGUGCUUUCAAGAAGGUAUUGGCGAACCUUGCUGCAAAAGGUUAUAACCUUUCUGACCCAAUUGACUUGAAGCCUUACUGGGCCAAGCAUGGCACCAACAAGUUUGUGACAAUCAGGUAGAAAUGUACAAUGUUUGUCAACUUAUAUAGGGACUGAGGCUGUGCACUUGCUCUGUUUUUCCUGUAUAUGAUUAUAUUACCUGCUGCAGAAGUUCUCCAGAUAACUUCAUAGCUCUGGUGUGUCUUUCUUAGCUUUUUACGUGGUUCUCGAUACUGAGACAUCCAGGUUUAGUGGAUACUUUUACAUGUUUUCUCAUUUUCCAUUCAUAAGUUGUACUCCUCUUGGUGAAAAUACUCUAAUUUAGAUGGAUCAUCAAUCCGUUUUUUGAAAU